AUGGUCACGGGCUGCACAAGAGCGGCAUUGCUCGUGAUACUCCCACUUGGGGCACAGGGUCAUUGCGAACAUGUAGCUGUGCUGGCAUGGUCCCUUCUGGAUUCUGGCCUGGUUUGCGCCGACAGAGCUCUCCAGCACAGCUUAGACAUCGACCACUUGGAUGACGAAGUUAGUACUUCCCUGCCCGGUCAAGAUCCAGAUCCAGAUGCCGCCGAAGACAACCCUGAGCUGGACCCGGCACAGGACACCAGUCACCAGAAGAAGAGCCCUCGCAGCAGAUUCAAGGAGUUCCGAGAUCACCAGAUUGCCACAGGGUUGUCCAUCAUGUUUUUGGGCAUGGUCUUUUUGGUGGGUUUCGUGGCAUGGAUGAUUGCCUAUCCUGACAAACAAGUGAAGCACUACUGUGUGCGUAUAUGCAGCUCCACCGUUGUGAUUUUCAUGGCCAUCGCCAUUGAUCACGCAGCGAUCUUCUUCACCAUAGUCGAUGCUCUCACUGGCCUCAAGGGGUGGAAGCUGGCCGUGGCACCCUUCUUCCUCUAUUGGAUGUUGACGAUACUUGUCAGCUACCUGGUGCGAAGUCAGCCCUUGAACAUGGCAGCUGCCAGGAAUGUAAUUUCCCACGUCUCUGCCUUCGUGGCCAUUACAGGCUUUUCCGAUAUCCUGUACAAGUUCACCUCGAGCAAGGACUUCCCAAAGCAGCAGGCUAUUCCAUGCAGAGCCGGAGUGUGGCUAGCUAUUUGCAUCGGCUUCUGGAGCCUUGGGCAGCUGUCUUCCGCACUUCUGUGCAGGCUGCCGUACGGAUGCGAGCUGCCCGCCGAAGGACACAGUGACGGCCACGGCGCGGGCGGCGCUUCCGACGCAGGGCACGGACACGACGGUCACGCAGAGGGAGAUGGCGAGGACACGCCUGAGAGCGUUCACCUCUUCAUCGAAGAGGUGGAGGAAGCCCUGGAGGAAGCAAGCCUCGUAGCUCUCAGUUACCUGUUCGUGAAGUUCUUGGUGACGAAAACUCUCCUAGAAGUCUGGGACUUGAAACAUCUGCAAAACACGUAUGAGGCACGUGAAACUCAUUGGAACUUGAGUAACGACACCGUCAUCGAGGUGCUGUUGGUCAUGGCUCUUGAGGUACUGAUCUUGAAUGUCUGCAUCGUCUUUCUUGACCGCGUCAGCUCCGGCUUGCACCGCUUUCACACUCUCGCGACAUUCCUGUCGAUGUGCAUGGCCUGGUCUUCCAUGCGGUUCGUCCGCUGCGUGAUCAUGAUACCAAUCUCGGAAGACAACUGCAUUCUAAUUCUCACUGCGUUCGCCAUGACGCCCAUGGCAGGGCUGUUGGUGAUUGCUGCUGACGGGAUGGCAGACACAGGCGCAUUGGCACGUGACCAGUUUGGUGACGUGCUGGCCUUGGAAAUUGCCAGUGGCGCGAAGCUUUCGCAAGUGCGUCCAAUCUACUGCUCCCUGAUGCAAAGCCAGCGGGUGAUCAGUGCAUACCUCGAUCAGUGGGAUGCCGGGCGCUCGCUCGUAGCCCGGCGUCAUCUGGAAGGCUCGCUGGCGGCAAUUCCAGGUCCUGCAGCCAAGAAGGCAGUGAGGACCCUGACAGUCAGGUGGACAAAAGUUGUCCUCCUGCUCGUUGUGCAGUACCGAUUGGUACCUCGCGUUGGCACCUCAAAGCGCCGUCUCUGGAGACAUCUGUCCGCAAAGAAGCUCAAGCUGCUUUCGGCUGAUGAAAUUUAUUCUUUAAAGGAAGCUUUGGAGGAAGGCCCUGUCCUUCAAAGCGAUCUGGAGUUGGAGAGUGCAAAGAUCCUGGAAGGAACCAAGGUCCUGAACUCCUGGAAGGAGAUCCAAGGAGCUGAGCCGCCCUUGACGGUGAGAACUCGGCCACCGCCUGACAAAUCUGAAAGGCGUGGCUGGAUGUCUUCACGGCAAUGGAAGCAUUGGAAGCGCAUCUGGGACAUAUCACUCGAAGUCCUACGAAGAGCUCAAGGUCCGCUGUUGAUGUGGGGCUGGUCGACCCUUGCCCUUCAAGCGCUGCAAGACCCUCUCCUUGACAUGUGGUCCAGGCGAGAGUUUGCCUUUUAUCGGGCGGCCUUUGGGAAGCUGCAGGUCAUCCCCAGCUGGACGGCUGUUGCAUGGUUCUCACACCGCUUAGUUCGCCUGUGGGGGAACCGCCGCUCCCGGGGUAGAGCGGAACUUAGCGACGUGAUGGGUGUACAGUCGAGCCUGCAGGAAGCUCGUAUCAAUGCGAUGGCGACUGCAUUGAAGGUUCUUGUGUGGAGCAUUUACAUUUGCGCUGUGCUUUACCAUGCUGGUGUACGGAUUGGUCGAUUGCUGCUGAUUCCGGGAACCACGGCAGUGGUGAUCGGGUGGGUUGGCCGCGAGAUCGUCGCCAACAUGAUCAGUGGCGUUGUGCUACACUUGACACAGCCUUUUGCACAAGGCGAUUGGGUGUGUUUGGAUGGUACAUCCAUCGACGGAUGGGUCCAAGACGUGGGAAGUUUCUACACCAAGGUGGUUCAGUGGGACAAGCGUCCCAUCUAUGUACCAAAUUAUAAGCUGAUGUCCAUGAAUGUGCAGAACAACUCCCGAAUGACGCAUCGCCGAAUCAAGUACGACCUAAACCUCAGGCUCCGUGACAUCCCGAACAUCCCCCAGAUCGUUCGCGACAUGCAGGAGAUGAUCAAUGAGCACGAAGACAUUGACAACAUCCAGCAUCGCUUGGUACGUUGGCGCGGAUUGGGCGAGUACUCUGCGACCAUCUGGCUUUCUUGCUACACGAAGCCCAGCAUCGAGGGCAUUCGACUGGCGUCUUACACUGCGAUCCAGCAGUCCGUUCUUGAGCGGUGUUCACAGAUUGUUUACAAGCAUGAUGCUGCUUUUGCCUCCAUAACAGAUCGAAAUCCCCAAGCUGGAGGCACCAGGGCUGUGCCCUUCGGUCAGAUAUUCUCCGAGCCUUUCAGCAGUGCUCGUGAAUCGCAGCUCGAGUCCCGCGAGGAGGUUUUGCGGCAACGGGAGAAAGACAUCAAGCAGCGCGAGAGAGAGCUGAGUCAGCAGCAGGAGGAACAGGACAAAGCCGCCAAAGAUAUUCAGCACGCAAAGGAGAAACAGAAGCAGUUGCUGGAGCAGGUAAUCCAGAAAAGCAUGGAUGUGCGGACUGGCCAGGCUCUUCCGGAAGAUGUUGAUCCGAUGGUCUAUGGAGCCGCGGCACAGUGGGACAAGGCCGCUGAAGAGGAGAUGCUUGACUAUUCGCCUGGAGAUCACGACAGAGACGUGCCUGCCCAAGUGAAGUUGCCAACCUACCAGGGCCAGUUCGGUGCCUCCUCAAUAAUGGACAUGGGCCAUGUGCAGUUUUCGCCCGGCAGCAAGAGACGAUGGAGAGUUUUUGGGGAGAGGCCACGAUGCCCCUGA